AUGAACGAAGAGGUCCUCGAACUCCACGUGUCCGAUGCGGCGACAACGUCUGACUCGAACGAUCGCCUUGAAGCCCUUCAACUCUCCCUUCGAGGCUGGCCGCUGUUCCACCUACAACGCCUCGGUCUCUCACCCGGCUCGUGGAGAGACCAGUUGAUGGAGAAAGGUCAUCAAUCAGAUCCAGUCUGCCUGAUUUGUGGCGACUCCACCUCCGCCGAUACGCAGAUACUCAAACUCUCCUGCAACUGCCAUCACUGCAACAAAUGCCUCACCCGUCUCUUCACCGCCGCAGUGACGGACGAAUCUCUAUACCCACCGUCCUGCCAUCGCCGGCCCAUACCUCUCAACAAAGUGUCUCGUCACUUACCUUUGACGCUCGUGCGAACGUACCGUGCAAAGAGCCUAGAGCUGUCCACUCCAAACAAAGUCUAUUGCUCCAAUUUGAAGAACGGCUGCAACGCUUUCAUCGCCCCGCAUAGUAUUCACAACGGCCAAGCAUUUUGUCAGACUUGCGGGAUGAGUACUUGUGUGAAGUGCAAGGAGGAAACUCAUUUCGGACCGUGUGACGAUGGGACUGGGAAUGAGAGCGGGCAAAACACGACUUUGUUAGGACUCUUGAAUGGGUUAGCGAAGCAGGAGAAAUGGCGGGUUUGUCCUAGCUGUGGAAGGCUAGUUGAGAAGGCCGAUGGGUGUAACCAUAUCCUCUGCCGCUGCGGUUGCGAUUUCUGCUACUCUUGUGGUACACUCUUAGACAAGUGCGUUUGUAUCGAUGAUGAUGGAUUGGAAGAGGAGGAGGAAGACGAGGAGUACGAACAGGGCCAGGCCGACUAUCAUCAUCGACAUCGACAAGAGUGGGCUGCUCGUGAGGCUGCAAAUGUUCUUCGAAGGCUUAGAAGUCGGAAUCGCCGGGAGUUGGAAGAGGAUAUCAUCGAGGAUACAAUGGUAUGCAUCUCUUCGGGAUGGCCCGCAACCCAGUGCCCGCGCCCGGUGGAUCUUGACUUUUCGGAGCUCCAUGUCAUUGUAUUCCGAUUUGGCACGAACAUGAACUUCAGUGCCGCACGUACAGCGCCUCUGCUGUCCCCGGCUACAGCAGCAAGAAGUGUACCACGCACUCCACGAGCCUGCUUUGUCGCGCAAUGGCUGCAAUCGCGUCGAAACUUGAGCAUCACACCUCUGAGAGCGACACCCGAGCCAGCCAUCCCCCUCCGAAAACACCUGAAAGAUGAAGCCAAGCGGAAGAAGGCCGAAGCGAAGUUGUCGAGCGUCAAAAAGGUCAAGGCAGAUCCGCGGCUGGACAAAUGGGAGCUCACAGUGGGCAUCGAGAUCCAUGCCGAGCUGAAUACGGCGUGUAAGCUCUUCUCGAGUGCUCCCGCUCUGGCUGGGGAGGAGAAUGCAGCUGCAAACACCAAAGUUGCUCUGUUCGAUGCAGGUCUCCCAGGUGCGCAGCCGCAAUUCCAGGUGGCAACCCUGCUGCCCGCGCUCCGAGCAGCAGUAGCAUUGGGCUGUGAUAUACAACAUAAAAGUGGAUGGGAUCGAAAGCACUACUUCCACUGGGACCAGCCGAAUGGAUAUCAGAUAACACAGUACUACGAACCCUUCGCCAGAAACGGGCACCUUGUCCUAACGCCUGAAGAUGGCGUCCCAUCCUCUGACCUCGACGGCGCGGAUCACCUCACGAUAGGGAUUAAACAGAUCCAAAUGGAACAGGAUACGGCCAAAACCAAUGCUGUCGGCCUCUCCACCUACCACAUAGACCUCAACCGCGCGGGCCACCCUCUCAUCGAAAUCAUCACCUUACCUCAGAUCCAUUCCCCCCAAACAGCUGCAGCUCUAGUCCGCAAGAUUCAAACGAUCCUGCGCAGUGUCGAUGCCUGCACCACAGGAAUGGAACUGGGAGGUCUGCGCGCAGAUGUCAACGUCUCCAUUCGUGAACGCGGAACAGCAGGGACCGGCUCCACGUAUAGUGGUGUGGAAGGGUUAGGUCAAAGAACAGAGAUCAAGAAUUUAUCUUCAUUCAAGGCGGUAGAAGAUGCCAUUGUUGCCGAACGAGAUCGUCAGAUCUCGGUCUUAGAAAGUGGCGGGAAGAUUGAAGGGGAGACAAGAGGUUGGACACUCGGUGCGGCGGAGACUACACGAUUGAGAGGAAAAGAGGGGGAGGUGGAUUAUCGGUAUAUGCCUGAUGGAGAUUUACCUCCACUGAUCAUUGGGGAGGACGUGGUACAAUAUCUGAAGCAGACUUUACCAGAGUUACCCGAAAACACUGUUGAGAGGGUGGUCCACAGGGCUGGUCUGAGCCCGAAGGAUGCGAAGACGAUGGUCGGACUGGACGAUGGCGACAGGUUGGAGUUUAUGGAAGAAACCAUCGAGUCUCUGAAGCAGAAAUGGCAGGAGCAGACUCAGCCCGAGGAUCUGCACAAGUUCGGCAAGAUCGUAGGUAAUUGGGUUCUGCACGAGUUGGGAGGUCUUCUUGACGCUUCGGUUUCAUGGGACGAUGUCUCCAUCACUCCACAAGAACUUGCCGAUAUCAUCUACAACCUGCUGCAGAAACAAAUCACGGCUCGAACAGCAAAGCAGCUUCUGUCGGCCCUAUUUGAUACUCCUCUUGCUUCAGCUUCACGACCGAGCGUGGAGCAGCUGAUCGAAACCGGCAAUCUGCGACUUCGACCCCUUUCCGAGGAUGCUUAUACAGAGCUCGCGCAGGCUAUCAUGAACGAGAACCUGGACAUGGUCGCUGCCGUGAGGGACAAAGGUCAAAAAGGAAAGAUUAUGUGGUUCGUAGGCCAGAUGGUGAGACGAGGUGAAGAAGGGACUGUAGAGCCGGAGAUGGCGAGGCGAGUAGUUGAGAAGAUGCUUGCAGGCUGA